AUGGCGCCCAGAAUACCAGCGCUGAGCGCAAACUUAUGCCUCCGCCCGGUCACGAAACCGACAGUCCCCAACUUCCUACCCAUCACGCAGACGGCAAACCUUUCGCAGCGCGAGAAGAAGCGCAAGGCUAAGCAACACCCGUAUGCCUGGGCUCAGGCGCAGCAACGCAAGAAUGCCAACUUGAAGCGCCAAGAGGAACUUAGGCAGGAGCGUCGAGUUGAAGGUGACAACGAUCCGGUCAGGGGCAGGACGACAGCCUUCCUCGAUUCACUCGAGAAUGGCGAAUCCGCUGCGGCCGGCGCUGGCAAGGGCCGGUCGAUGGCGGAGCGCCGCAACUUUCGACUCGCCGAUGCCGAGCUCAAGGAUGUCAUGCAGCAUGCGUACGUGCUGAACAAGCCCAUCCACCACAGUGUCGCGGACGGGACGGCCAUGAAGGGUACCGUGUUCCAUUCUGAGAAUGCGGAGGAGCUCUUUGCUGAGCACGAAAGGAAACACAACCGGGCUUCUGAGGCGUUGAAGCGUAUCACGGCCAUGGAGAAUGCGAACCAGAAGCAUCGUUACUAUCACAACGUCCAUCGCAUAGUCGAGGAGUUUGGCCGACACAAGACCGACAAGUCUUUGAAGAAGCUUCCGAAGAACGCCGAGCCGCCACAGGAAGCGAACAUGAAGGCCCGUGUCUUGUCUUCGAUCUGGGAUGCUAUGCGGCCCCUGAGCAUCCAGCCACCCCUGGUGAGGGCCGGCCCAGACACCGGCAGCUCGGAGGUGCAAAUUGGACUUCUCACUGCGAGGAUUAGGCGUCUCGACACUGUCCUAAAGUCCAACAGGGGCUACAAGGAUAUCCAGAACAAGCGGGCGCUGGAGAUGCUGGUCCACAAGCGACAGAAACUGCUCAAGUACAUGGAGCGCAAAGAAAGGGGCAGUGAGCGGUGGACAAACAUGCUUGACAAGCUUGGCUUGACCCCAGCGUCAUGGAAGGGCCAGAUCACGACAUAUGGGAGAAUUUAA